UCCGUCAUAUAAGCUAUAAGCAAAGACUUCAGGAAGAAAAAAUAGCACAGCAUUUUACUACAAUAUUUUGUCUCAGAUUAAAGGAGGAGGGGAAUGGAUGAGCAAGAAUUUAGACGCCUUCUUGAUCUCUUCCCUGUUGUCCGUCCUCGCAAUUACCAUAUUGAGAUUGACCCAUCAAGACAAUCAUCUUCUCGGUCAUUUCCGGAGCCGAUUGAGUUAGUCCCAUCAGAAAGAUCAUCUCACCUGUCAUUGCCAGCGUUCAAGUCUUGGAAAGAAGCUGAAUGGGAGGAAGAUAAAAAGGAAAUCAACAAUCAAGCUAUUGAUGUACAAGAUGCAUUCUGGGAGAAGCUUAAGUUGGCAGUUGAGAAGAAGGUGGGUGCAGCAGAGGCCGAGAGAUUUUCCAAGGCUUUUCAUGAAGUUCAUCGGAAACUUGUAUACGAAGAACUGAGUUUGGAUGCUGCCUGCAGAUUUAUAAACUCAUCAAAAAUUUCCAGACAAUAGUUUUUUGGCUGGCCCUGUACUUGUUCUAAUAUUUUUAUUGAUAUGUUACCUAUUUUAGUUUUCAAGGAAAGAAAGUAAAUGGAUCUUAAUUAAGAACUAAGCUGUAUGGCAUCUUUGUUUUGUUAAUGUGGUGGUUUUCCAUUUCA